AUGUUGCAGAUGCAGACGAACGAGGCGCGCAUCGAGCGCCUGGCGGUGAGCGUGUGCACGGAGCUGAGGCUGGCGCGGCGGGAGAUCUGCCAGGACGCCGUCCGGCUCUUCGGGAAGGACGUGGUGUCGGCCUGGGUGCGCUCGGUGCUGCGCCCGGCCGAGAUCUGCGGGCUGCUGGUGGGCGCCCGCUGUGGGCACUGGGACAUCCUCUCCGACUGGAACGUGACGCUGCCCGGCACGCCCAAGCCUCCGGUCGUGCCGCCCGCGCCCCCCCCGCCCGGCGCCCCCACCACCCGCCUGCUCUUCCUCACCGACCUGCACUGGGACCAGGCCUACGCGCCGGGCAGCGACCCGGCCUGCAAGGACCCGCUGUGCUGCCGGGGGGGGCGGGCGCAGGGCCCCUCCCACGCGGGCGCCGGCUACUGGGGCGAGUACAGCAAGUGCGACCUGCCGCUGCACACCAUUGAGAACCUGCUGCAGCACCUGGCGCGCGGCCCCCCCUUCCAGCUGGCCUACUGGACGGGCGACCUGCCCGCCCACGACGUCUGGCAGCAGAGCCGCGCCGACCAGCUCCGGACCCUGCGCACCCUCAGCGCCCUGCUGCGCAAGUACCUGGCGCCCCUGCCCGUCUACCCCGCCGUGGGCAACCACGAGGCCUCGCCGGUCAAUGGCUUCCCCCCGCCCUACGUCCACGGCAACCAGUCCUCGGCCUGGCUCUACGGCGCCAUGGCUGAGGCCUGGGAGGGCUGGCUGCCCCCCGAGGCACUGGAGACCCUCAGGCUCGGUGGGUUCUACACCCUGCGGCUCCGGCCCGGCCUGCGGCUCGUCUCCCUCAACAUGAACUUCUGCUCCGAGGCGAAUUUCUGGCUCCUGAUCAACGCCACCGACCCGGCCGGGCAGCUGCAGUGGCUGGUGGGCGUCCUGCAGGCGGCCGAGGAGCAGCAGGAGAAG